UCAGACUAUUCCAUCCAGGAAAUCGCACUAGACUGCCAGUGUUUACCAACAGAGUAUUUAUAAAUUUAAUAACUUAGUUGCUCUUGGUGUUGCUGUACACUGGUGUGGUCUACGGGCCCAUUUCAAGAAAGAACGGCUGCCUUGUCUAAUAGUAAUACAUAGUUGGAAACUGCAGCCGAAAAUAUCAGAAUCGUCGAUUGACUCGGUCAACAUCAUCAUGUCAGCACUGUUCUACGUGACGUUUAAAUACGUCGUCAUACGAGACAAGCGAUUGGGCAUCGCCUACUAUGCUAUGACCCUCUGUGUGCUCUUAUACGCCUGUUCUGAAAUCAUACUCAACAAGGGGUAUCUUGAGUAUGAUGAGUUCCCGCUCGGUUCUCUACGGCUGCUGCUGAAGGAUAGCAAGGCCAGUCAUGCUCAUGCUGAAACAGAACCUUACUGCUGCCAGGCUGCAUCAUCACUAGGGGAUCAGAAUGAGAACGAGCAGAGCGCAUCCUGUCAACACUGCAGGCGUCUGGAUGCCAAGGAGUUGUCCUGGCCAGUUGAAAGUCGGACCAUGACCAUAUCAACAUUUGUCAAGGACAAGUGGCAAGUGCUACAUUCUGGCCAGCAGCAGCAACAGCAUGCCGGCAAUGGCGACGUGGAAGAGGACGGUUUCCUGACGGUGACGAAAGACAGCUAUUACCCGCUAUCACCGGAAUCACUUGUGCUGAAAGUGGAGCACUCAUUUGUAGCCAGCCGCUUCACUAAGCACGGUACAGGCGAGGAGCCGCUUGCUAGCCCCAAUAGAAAUAUGGAGGGCUCGCUCUAUGCCAUCAACGGCACGCGUCUGAAAACUAUUUCCAGGGAAGGACAAGCUGACAAGAUUUCUCUAAAAGAGCUCCUCGAGGCAGGUGGUCUAGAGCAGGGUCUUGAUAUUAUGUCCGAUACGCCCAAUGCCAAGGGAGAGUCGUACAGGAACCGUGGCUGUGUGUUGCGCGUCUCGAUUGUGUACGAGAAUGACCGGCACUUGUGGUUUGGUACUGGGACACCAACGUAUAGUUACCGGGUGCGGCAUGUCCCGUACGCUGACUACCGGGUCCAUCAGUUGAUACCUAUCUAUCAGUCUGCCGAUGAUGACAGCAACCACAGCAGCACAACUGCUGUGCGAGGUGCCUUCAAGGAAGGUGCUCGGCUCAUCAGGAAGCGAUACGGCAUCCACCUCACAUUCGAGCAGUCGGGGAAGCUUGGUAUGUUCAGCUGGUCGAGUCUGCUGACCAAGCUUGUUUCCAGCAUCUGCAUGAUCACCAUCAUUCCCACGGUGCUGGACACGGCAAUCCUCUACAUAUUACCCGGCCGCACCAGGUAUCGUGAUUCGGUGUAUGAGGAUCGUGAGGACAGCGAGACAGAUGCAGACACAAAAGACAAUGAGAAAGAUCAUGGACCAUCGCAGAAGAAGCAGGACCAACGCGAUCAGUCUACUGCCAACGCUCAGUCCAAAGACUCCAACAUACCUCCAGAGGCCGUGGAAAGUAUAGCUGGUUUGUCAUCUGAGCAGCAUAAUGAUGCUAGACCCCAGCCUCAACCACCGGGUGAUGAGCCUUCAGACCAAACAGAUGCCCUGACGCUGACGCAAACCGAGACCACUGUCUCAAACCGCCGUGUUUUUAAUCUCCAAGACUCCAAACCAGAGGAGCAGUAGUAACAAUCAACGUUCAAUGUCACGAGUCACGACCAUUCACACUUUCCUUGUGUGCACGCUACACGUCAUCAACACGUUGUGCUCAGCUGUAUGUGUGUGUGUGUGUGUGUGUGUGUGUGUGUGUGUGUGUGUGUGUGUGUGUGUGUGUGUGUGUGUAUGUGUGUCUGUGUGUGUCUGUGUGUGUGUGCCAGCUGGCCACUGAUCAUUAUCAGGUGUUACCCGUGUGGUUGAGUUUGAAAUUUCUUCCAUCUUGAAAAUCUGCACUUUUUAAAGUUAUUUUCUCUUUCUUCUAGUCUUCUAGCUUCAACGGCUUCAUGUUUUUAUUGUUCUUUAUGGAUCUCUUCGCUUCUCUAGGUUUUGUGGUUAUACUUAGAUUAUGAUUAGGGUAAUUUUGUUUUGUAGACGACAUAAUUUCAAUUUACCUUCUCUUGUUCAGUAGCAUUCUCCCGAUGUUUUAUUUUGAUGUGCUGUCUGUAUGGCCUAUUUCCAGAAAUUACCCACCUUUUCUUUAAGAUUUGAUACUUUUUAGCCGGUGACAAGUUCAGUGCGAUGUGUCACCAUGAUCAUACCAUGAUCAUACCAUGAUCAUUUUCUUUUGGACUAUAGAGUUAGGUUUACCAAGUCUGAAGAGAAUGUUGAACAGUCGCUGCUUGAA